AUGAAGAGUGUGCCUCUUUGCCACAGUGUUGGUAAGACAUCACUUAGUGCCUUGAAACGCCUGUGAUUAUUUCCCUGCCUCUCGUCGACAACGCCCCUCCCUCCCUCCUGCCUGCUUUGUGCCUUUCUCUUCCAGAUAUCUCCAAGGCAAUACAGGCCACUGGAUCGCUCUGGAUAAGAGCGUCUGCUAAAUGACUUAAAUGUUAAAUGUUAAAUGUUAAAAUCUAGGUUUGGCGGCUCAAAUCAGGAUUAAUGAGAUGCUUUUGAAGUGGCUAAGACUGUUGAAACAUGCUCUUUUGUAGUGUCAGAAAAGUCUAAACCCAAAAUUGUGGUUCUCAUUUGAUGUGGAAGCUUUGCAUUGUUUAGUGUACAAGCCUCCGUCUCAGGCAGAUGAUAACACGAAGGUGUGCAUUUGAGAGUGUGUGUUUUAGUGUUUGUUUGAGUGUGUGUGUGGGGAAAGUUUCCUCUGAAUGUGUUUGUGAAAGAGAUUGUAUUUGAAAAUGAUUGCGAAUGCUUUUUUUUUAUUGAUCUGUUUACUAGAAAUUAGUGAGUCAUCUCAUUUCUAGUUUUAAAACAGCACUUUUUUUUCUAACAGUCUUUCUCUCUCCCCCUCCCUCCCUCCCUCCCUCCCCCUAUCUUAUCCCCCCCCCCCCCCCCCCCCCAGAGGCCUUUGAGUUGGUGUUGCGUCACGGCCAUAACUCCACCCUGCUGAUGCUGAAGGAGGACUUCCCAGGGCUGGGGGGUGGGGCCCAGGGGGCGGUGGGCCAUCUCUUUCUGGACGUGUCUCUAUACAUCCUGGGCUCGGACUCCAGCGUGGAUCACAUGGUCCAGGCAUUCUUCACCCGCCUCUUCCCUCUGACCUACCGACGCCUGCUGGGGGGUGGCACCGCACCCAUGUCUGAGGAGUGCCUGCGGAGGGCGUGGAAGGACUCCAUAGUGUUUGGCCCUUACCCUAAACUCAUGAUGACUCGUUUGUCACGCUCCCUCCUGGCCACGCGUGUCUUCCUGCAGGCGCUGAACCUGGGCAUUGAGGUCGUCAACACCACAGACCACCUGCGCCCGGGGAGGGACUGUGGGCGUGCCCUGCUGAGGCUGUGGUACUGCCCACACUGCCAGGGCCUGCUGGGGGCCCCGGCAUGUAAAGGGUUUUGCCAGGCUGUGAUGGCGGGGUGCCUGGGUGGCGCUGCGGAGGUACAGCCACACUGGAAGGGGUACGUGGAAGGGCUAGGGAAGUUGGCGGGGGCCAUGAGGGGGGAGCAGGACGUGGAGGCCGUGAUGAUGAGGUUUCAUGUGCUGGUCAGACUGGCCCUCAGACACGCUGUCAAUGCACGCCCCCGCCUACACGCACUGGUGAGUAACACGUGCACACACACGCACGCACACACACACCAUAUCAGCCAUAUCAACUGACGAGCUCCGUACAGGGCAGAUCAACAGGCGCAACCAACCUGCGGGCAGUGGGUUCCGAACAACAAUGACAAAAAAAAUUAUACAACAAAAUCAUUUUGGGGGAAAUUAUACCACUACCCAAAAGGGCACUUUGAAGACUGGAAGGGCAAAGGUACGUGCUCUGCACAGGUCGAGCCCGAUCUGUGCACGUGCCUGCAUACACAUCAAAGUGAGAUAUAUCGUAAAAAUGAACUUUAACAAUUCAUAAAAAGCCAUGUACUUUUCUAGUGGGCAGUCAGGAAGAACCAUGCUAUAAAGCAAAUCCUCCCCUCCUGCUCAGCGGUAGCGGUGACCCUCUAUGUGGGGUUUAAACUGCGAUAAAUCAGUUGAAUUGGUUUCCGUGUGUACAUCUGAAGUGGGGGAGAAGUGCUCAUGAAAUAUGGAGGUCUUUUCUGGAGAGGUUGCUGUUUUUCUGUCUCUGGUAUUUGUGGGAUUGUGCUGAACUUUUCACUCUCACACCUAGGCUACCAGUGGUGAGCGACCAGGGUUCUUCUAUCAGACCCCAUCACUUAUUAAAACAGUGGUUGACCUCACUUUCUCUGCUCUCCCAGUGUGUGUGUGUGUGUGUGUGUGUGUAUGUGUGUGUGUGUGUGUGUGUGUGUGUGUGUGUGUGUGUGGACGUGUUUAACUAUACUUGUGGGGACCAGAAGUCCCCACAAGAAUAGUAAAUGAACAAAAAUGUGACCAACUGGGGUCAAAUGCUAUGGUUAGAAUGAGUGUUAGGGUUAGAAUGAGGUUUAGGGUUAGGGUUAUGAGCUAGGGUUAAAUUUAGGGUUAAGGUUAGGUUUUCGGGUUAAGGUCCAUGAAAGAAAGUGACCUGAUAUGUGUGCACACUGCAAUGUGACUCAUUCUAGUCCCAUUGGAUUUAACUGCCUUAAUUUUGCUGGACCCCAGGAAGAUCCUUAUUAAAUGCACAUUCAAAAUUGAUUUUGUAGUGUGUGUGUGUGUGUGUGUGUGUGUGUGUGUGUGUGUGUGUGUGUGUGUGUGUGUGUGUGUGUGUGUGUGUGUGUGUGCGUGAGCACGUUUUUGUGUAGAUGGGUGUGUGUGUGUACUGUAUGUGUGCAUCUCAGCUGAGUAGUGUUCUCCAGGACAGAUCCCUCCUCUGUGUUGUCAUUGAGGGGACACACACAGGCAACCAUUUCUCUGAUGGCUAAUCCAUCCUGUCAAAUCUGAAAUUAGACAACAACAAUGUCAUGUGACUUUGACUUUCACUGUCCAGCGUUCUCUCCUUUCCCUCCUCCUGUGAUUAUUUGUCCUUCUGUGUGUGUAUGAGUGUGUGUGUGUGUGUGUGUGUGCACAUGCACACAUGUUUGUGUGCGUGCGCGUGUGUGUGUACACGUUUGUGUGUGUGUAUCCACGUCUUCAUGGGUCACUGAGUUUGAUAAGGAUGAGGCAGUCCAAAGCAGGACAGCAGUGGACUGUUCAGUAUGACAUUCACAGAGAGCGAAGGAGUCAGUGAAGGGAAGAGGAAAAAAAGAGGGCAGCCCAGAGCCUGGGGUCCCAACCCAUUCACCAGUGACAACAUUGCCGCUCUGUCCUUCUCUCGCAGUUUGAUGUCAUCUGCUUCCCCUCUUUUGUUUAUAUUUCAUCUCUCCUUUCCCUCCAUCCCUCUCUUUCUCUCUCCCUCUCUCUCACACACACACUGCUUUGAGAGAAGAUGCAUGAUUUAUGAAGCUCUAUUUUUACCGGUUACUGAGCAGAAGAGAAGGGAGGGAGAGAGAAAGAGAUGGAGAGAGAGUUUGACCCUUCUCCUGUAAAUGAAGAUGGGAAAUAGGUUUUAUUGGUGAGACAGAAGUAUGAGGGAACUGACAAAGCUCUAUGGAACAAUUCAGAAGAAAAAGAGCAAUGGACUUGGGCCUCUCCACUAAAUAAAACAUGAUAAUCUGGGCUACGUCCCAAAUGGCACUAAAUUCCCUAUACAAUGCACUACUUUUGACCAGGGCCAAUAAAGUAUGGCAUGUUUGUUUGUCAUGUGUCAGGCAGACACUCUCUUUAUAUGUGUCAGAAACUGAAUGUAGGCUAUAAAAAUGUAUAAUAAUAAAGAGAGUCACACACUAUAUGUAUAAGCUCCCAGAAAUGCAUUGGGUAAACCACCAGCCUUUCGGCAUCGCAGUGCCUUCUUCUGGUUAAUAUCAUGAAUGCUUGAACCAAGUUAUAUAGAAAACACUGCAAUUAGUGCAACUAAUGACCACAGUGAGGGGUGUGUCAUAGUAAUGAGGGAUGAAAAAGUAGACGUUUUAAGUCAAGUUACCCAUAUGCGGGACUUUGAGCGGUUCUGGACCGGUUCCGACUGACAUUUUGGUGUUCAAAGCACUCUGUGAACGCCGUAGGGUCCUGUGCCUUAUAAUGCCCCCAAAAAAACAUCAGUCCGCUCUCCGUUUCCAUUCUCUCAGCGGAGCUGACUUGAAGAGUCAGGUUUCAGCCCACACAUCUGCAUAGGGACUGACAUGUUACAUUUUCUGGCCUAUCCAGACAGAGCAAGCAAGCCCAGCCUGGGAGACGGCAUAUGAACUGGGACAGUCUAGCGAGUCCAGCUAUUGUGGUUUCAACUCGCUGUGAUAUUUAGAGCUCUCAACAUUAAAAAUACUAAAUCAUUUCAUAGAAUUGAAAGAAUACCACUUUCUCUUGGUCACAGAUUGACUAAAUCACUUUGUGCUUAAAGCGGAAAUUCCACUCAGUGGACGUUUAGGAGAAAAUUCUCUGUUGUCAGUUACAUAAAAUAGUGCCAAUAUUGUACUGUCACAAAGUAUGAACAUAUUUAUUAGUGUUUUCCACAAGCACAUGGAGUAGCCAGCCAAAUCGAAAAAGUAGCCAGCCAGGCUCCCCUGGGCGAGGGGGGUGUUAAGAUUUUUUUGGCCGAACAGCUCUAUUUUGGUGGCAUCUGGUACACUCUAAUGCUAGAUUGUAUUUUCAACCAGCAACUAUCAGGAAAUAACACUGAUACAUUUCUUUCACACUUUUAGAGUGUUAGUUUCAUCAGCUGUUGUACAAUAUGAUAUAAAACACAGGAUACCUUUUAUUUGGACUGCACUGGGUCUUUAAAGAAUGUUGUAAGAGUCUGCUGACUUCCACAGGCUUCAAGCUUUUUAAGAGGCAUUUUCUCAGCUAUCUUCAGCUAUGUGAUGAUUUCCAGGGGUGUAUUGGUGUGAGCAUUUGGUCAGCGAUAUAUUAGCUAAUGCCUGGCGCAGGAAUGAGAGCCCUAGCAGCCAGCCGUCUGUGGCUAUCAGGCUCCUAUUUCCUGGUCUGCGUCUCAAAUGGCACCAUAUUCCUCUAUAAACAGUACCAGUCAAAAGUUUGGACACCUACGCAUUCCAGGGUUUUUCUUUAUUUUUACUAUUUUCUACAUUGUAGAACAAUAGGGAAGACAUCAAAAUUAUGAAAUAACACAUACGGAAUCAUGUAGUAACCAAAAAAAGUGUUAAACUAAUCAAAAAAUAUUUUAUAUUUUAUAUUCUUCAAAGUAUCCACCUUUGCCUUGAUGACAGCUUUGCGCAUUCUUGGCAUUCUCUCAACCAGCUUCAUGAAAUGCUUUUCCAACAGACUUGAAGGAGUUCCCACAUACACUGCCUUGCAAAAGUAUGCAGCCCCCUUGGCGCUUUUCCUAUUUUGUUGCAUUACAACCUGUAAUUUCAAUGGAUUUUUAUUUGGAUUUCAUGUAAUGGACAUACACAAAAUAGUCCAAAUUGGUGAAGUGAAAUGAAAAAAAUAACUUGUUUCAAAAAACUCUACAAAAUAAAUAACGGAAAAGUGGUGCGUGCAUAUGUAUUCACCCCCUUUGCUAUGAAGCCCCUAAAUAAGAUCUGGUGCAACCAAUUACCUUCAGAAGUCACAUAAUUAGUUAAAUAAAGUCCACCUGUGUGCAAUCUAAGUGUCACAUGAUCUGUCACAUGAUCUCAGAAUAUAAACACCUGUUCUGUGAAAGGCCCUAGAGUCUGCAACACCACUAAGCAAGGGGCACCACCAAGCAAGCGGCACCAUGAAGACGAAGGAGCUCUCCAAACAGGUCAGGGACAAAGUUGUGGAGAAGUACAGAUCAGGGUUGGGUUAUAAAAAAAUAUCCUUUGAACAUCCCAUGGAGCACCAUUAAAUCCAUUAUUAAAAAAUUGAAAGAAUAUGGCACCACAACAAACCUGCCAAGAGAGGGCCGCCCACCAAAACUCACGGACCAGGCAAGGAGGGUAUUAAUCAGAGAGGCAACAAAGAGACCAAAGAUAACCCUGAAGGAGCUGCAAAGCUCCACAGCGGAGAUUGGAGUAUCUGUCCAUAGGACCACUUUAAGUCGUACACUCCACAGAGCUGGGCUUUACGGAAGAGUGGCCAGAAAAAAAGCCAUUGCUUUUAAGAAAAAAAUAAGCAAACACAUGUGGUGUUUGCCAAAAGGCAUGUGGGAGACUCCCCAAACAUAUGGAAGAAGGGACUCUGGUCAGAUUAGACUAAAAUUGAGCUUUUUGGACAUCAAGGAAAAUGCAAUGUCUGUCGCAAACCCAACACCUCUCAUCACCCCGAGAACACCAUCCCCACAGUGAAGCAUGGUGGUGGCAGCAUCAUGCUGUGGGGAUGUUUUUCAUCGGCAGGGACUGGGAAACUGGUCAGAAUUGAAGGCAUGAUGGAUGGCACUAAAUACAGGGAAAUUCUUGAGGGAAACCUGUUUUAGUCUUCCAAAGAUUUGAGACUGGGACGGAGAUUCACCUUCCAGCAGGACAAUGAACCUAACCAUACUGCUGAAGCAAAACUCAAGUGGUUUAAGGGGAAACAUUUAAAUGUCUUGGAAUGGCCUAGUCAAAGCCCAGACCUCAAUUCAAUUGAGAAUCUGUGAUAUGACUUAAAGAUUGCUGUACACCAGCGGAACCCAUCCAACUUGAAGGAGCUGGAGCAGUUUUGCCUUGAAGAAUGGGCAGAAAUCACAGUGGCUAGAUGUGCCAAGCUUAUAGAGACAUACUCCAAGAGACUUGCAGCUGUAAUUGCUGCAAAAGGUGGCUCUACAAAGUAUUAACUUUGGAGGGGGUGAAUAGUUAUGCACGCUCAUGUUUUCUGUUUUUUUGUCUUAUUUCUUGUUUGUUUCACCCAAAAAUAUAUUUUGCAUCUUCAAAGUGGUAGGCAUGUUGUGUAAAUCAAUUUAUACAAACCCCCAAAAAAACAAUUUUAAUUCCAGGUUGUAAGGCAUCAAAAUAGAACAAAUGCCAAGGGGGGUGAAUACUUUCGCAAGCCACUGUAUUAUUUUUAUUUUUAUUAUUAUUUUAAUUGUUUUAUUUCACUUGGUGGCUCCUUUUCCUUCACUCUGCGGUCCAACUCAUCCAAAACCACCUCAAUUGGGUUGAGGUCGGGUGAUUAUGGAGGCCAGGUCAUCUGAUGCAGCACUCCAUCACUCUCCUUGGUCAAAUAGCCCUUACACUGCCUGGAGGUGUGUUUUGAGUCAUUGUCCUGUUGAAAAAAAAGCGAUAGUCCCAAUAAGCGCAAACCAGAUGGGAUGGCGUAUCGCUGCAGAAUGCUGUGGUAGCCAUGCUGGUUAAGUGUGCCUUGAAUUCUAAAAAUAAUCCCAGACAGUGUCACCAGCAACGCACCAUCACACCUCCUCCUCCAUGCUUCACGGUGGGAACCACACAUGCAGAGAUCAUCCAUUCACCUACUCUGCGUCUCACAAAGACACAGCCGUUGUAACCAAAAAUCUCAAAUUUGGACUCAUCAGACCAAAGGACAGAUUUCCACCGAUCUAAUGUCCAUUGCUCAUGUUUCUUGGCCCAAACAAGUCUCUUCUUCUUAGUGGUGUCCUUUAGCAGUGGUUUCUUUGCAGCAAUUCGACCAUGAAGGCCUGAUUCACGCAGUCUCCUCUGAACAGUUGAUGUUGAGAUGUGUCUGUUACUUGAACUCUGUGAAGCAUUUACUUGGUCUGCAGUCUGAGGUGCAAGUAACUCUAAUGAACUUAUCCUCUGCAGCAGAGGUAACUCUGGGUCUUCCUUUCCUGUGGCAGUCCUCAUGAGAGCCUGUUUCAUCAUAGCGCUUGAUGGUUUUUGCAACUGCACUGGAAGAAACUUUAAAAGUUCUUAAAAUGUUCUGUAUUCACUGACCUUCAUAACUUAAAGUAAUGAUGGACUGUCAUUUUUCUUUGUUUAUUUGAGCUGUUCUUUUACCAAAUAGGCCUAUCUUCUGUAUACCACCCCUACCUUGUCACAACACAACUGAUUGGCUCAAACGCAUUAAGAAGGAAAUAAAUUCCACAAAUUAACUUUUAACAAGGCACACCUGUUAAUUGAAAUGUAUACCAGGUGACUACCUCAUGAAGCUGGUUGAGAGAAUGCCAAGAGUGUGCAAAGCAGAAUCUCAAAUAUGAAUAGUUUGAUUUGUUUAACACUUUUUGGUUACUACAUGAUUCCAAUGUGUUAUUUCAUAGUUAUGUCUUCAUUAUUAUUCUACAAUGUAGAACAUAGUAAAAAUAAAGAAAAACCCUUGAAUGAGUAGGUGUGUUCAAACUUUUGACUGGUACUGUAUAUAUAUACAUACAUAAAUACAUACACAUACAUACAAUAAUACAUACAUACAUACAUACAUACAGCGCAUUCAGAAAAUAUUCAGACCCCUUGACCUUUUACACAUUUUGUUACGUUACAGCCGUAAAUGGAUUAAAUUGUUUUGGUAAUCUUUAAUACAUGCAAUAAGACAGUGAUCACUGAGAUCAUUAGCAACAACCACUGGACAAGUAGUUGUAACAGUCCAAGCCCUCUACGCAAUUUAAAAACAGCCAGGGUUUCCAUAUUUAUGGUAUUUGAAAUAAUAGCACUGGACGAGCUUACCAAAGUGGGCUUCCCAAUUGGGCUAACAGUAACAGAGCUAACAGUGGAAUUGAACUUCAUUGUCACAAGACUAUUACUGACAAUACCCCUGGCAAUAUGGUUAUCUGUAGCAGUAUGAUGAUAAUGCUGUGAAAUAGUGGGAAUUGGAAGAAUUACCUGUGCAGGGUAAUAUGUACAGUUCAAGUCGGAAGUUUACACACACCUUAGCCAAAUACAUAUAAACUCAGUUUUUCACAAUUCCUGACAUUUAAUCCUAGUAAAAACCAUCUGUCUUAGGUCAGUUAGGAUCACCACUUUAUUUUAAGAAUGUGAAAUGUCAGAAUAAUAGUAGAGAGAAUGAUUUAUUUCAGCUUUUAUUUAUUUCAUCACAUUCCCAUUGUGUCAGAAGUUUACAUACACUCAAUUAGUAUUUGGUAGCAUUGCCUUUAAAUUGUUUAACUUUGGUCAAACGUUUCGGGUAGCCUUUCACAAGCUUCCCACAAGAAGUUGGGUGAAUUUUGGCCCAUUCCUCCUGACAGAUCUGGUGUAACGGAGUCAGGUUUGUAGGCCUCCUUGCUCCACACGCUUUUUCAGUUCUGUCCACAAAUUUUCUAUAGGAUUGAGGUCAGGGCUUUGUGAUGGCCACUCCAAUACCUUGACUUUGUUGUCCUUAAGCCAUUUUGCCACAACUUUGGAAGUAUGCUUGGGGUCAUUGUCCAUUUGGAAGACCCAUUUGAGACCAAGCUUUAACUUCCUGAAUGAUGUCUUGAGAUGUUGCUUCAAUAUAUCCACAUAAUUUUCCUUCCUCAUGCUGCCAUCUAUUUUGUGAAGUGCACCAUCCCCUCCUGCAGCAAAGCACCCCCACAGCAUGAUGCUGCCACCCCCGUGCUUCACGGUUGGGAUGGUGUUCUUCGGCUUGCUAGCAAUCCCCUUUUUCCUCCAAACAUAAGGAUGGUCAUUAUGGCCAAACAGUUCUAUUUUUGUUUCAUCAGACCAGAGGACAUUUCUCCAAAAAGUACGAUCUUUGUCCCCAUGUGCAGUUGCAAACGUAGUCAGGCUUUUUUAUGGCGGUUUUGGAGCAGUGGCUUCUUCCUUGCUGAGCGGUCUUUCAGGUUAUGUCGAUAUAGGACUUGUUGUACUGUGGAUAUAUAUACUUUUCUACCUGUUUCCUCCAGCAUCUUCACAAGGUCCUUUGCUGUUGUUCUGGGAUUGAUUUCCACUUUUCGCACCAAAGUAUGUUCAUAUCUAGGAGACAGAAUGCGUCUCCUUCCUAAGCGGUAUGACGGCUGCGUGGUCCCACAGUGUUUAUACGUGCGUACUAUUGUUUGUACAGAUAAACGUGGUACCAUCAGACGUUUGGAAAUUGCUCCCAAGGAUGAACCAGACUUGUGGAGGUCUACAAUCUUUUUCUGAGGUCUUGGCUGAUUUAUUUUGUUUUCCCAUGAUGUCAAGCAAAAAGGCACUGAGUUUGAAGGUAGGCCUUGAAAUAUAUCCACAGGUACACCUCCAGUUGACUCAAAUGAUGUCAAUUAGCCUAUCAGAAGCUUCUAAAGCCAUGACAUCAUUUUCUGGAAUUUUCCAAGCUGUUUAAAGGCACAGUCAACAGUGUAUGUAAACUUCUGACCCACUGGAAUUGUGAUACAGUGAAUUUAUAAUUGAAAUAAUCUGUCUGUAAACAAUUGUUGGAAAAAUUACUUGUCAUGCACAAAGUAGAUUUCCUAACCGACUUGCCAAAACUCUAGUUUGUUAACAAGAAAUUUGUGGAGUGGUUGAAAAACAAGUUUUAAUGACUCCAACCUAAUUGUAUGUAAACUUCCGACUUCAACUGUACAGGUUAUCGUGGGGGGCUCUGAGGUACCGGAACACAUUGAGAAAAAAAGUGUGAAACACAACGUAGCAGCCAAGUACCCUAUUGUCUAUGGUGGUGAAACGGACAGCACUCUCCGAGGUGCUAAUUAAUUCAAAGCAUUUUAGACGUCACUGCAGUAUGCCCACCUACUUGAGUAUAGCUGCAGGGCUUACACAUGUCUGAAUUUUUUAUAGCCUAAUAGUCUAGAUAUCAAUGUACAGUAAAAAUUUUAGACGACACUGCAGAACACCCGCCAUAUGCCCAAAUUUCAUAAUUUUCAAGACAUCAGUGUAGCAGUAGAACAAAUAUCACAAUAUCAGAAUAUAACUUCAAAUAAACACAUUCAAUGUAGGCUACAGCAGAACACACAUAUGAGAAUAUAUAGGCCUCCUGCCUAUGUGAUAAUAUGAAGCACAUAUUCAGAUUACAAACUUGUUCUGUGCUGUGAAGGUAAAGGAAAAUAAAUGUCCUACCUUAGUUUCCAAACAUCCCACAAUGAUUCUCCCAAUGAUGUUUAGACUCCUUCUAAGGCUGUUCUGAAGACUCUGGCUGUGUCUAUUAUUUUUUUCAUUUUGAGUGUUAACCUGGGUGUCCUCUUUAGCCUUGUCUACAAGGCUUGCUGCCACCAAAUGCGCCUUGGUUCAGGCAUGUAAAAAACAUUUUUUCUGAGGGCUCUUUGUUGUUUGCUUUUUUAUGUCUGAUGCAUAGGAUGUUAAUUUACUGUACAUUCCACCCACUCUUCUGCUAGUUUAAUCCCUCCAGUCGUUUCUAGACCGAAGCUCCCUACCAUUUUGCAUGUUGUACAGCCCAACUUUGAAUUCUGCAUGACAAGCCAGGGGUUAUACGUUUGCUUGUUCUUGAACUGCAAAUUGCACCUGCUUCGAGCACUUCGUUGGUGGAUGCACUGCCCCCCUCCCCCCUGUCUCUGUUUCCCGCUGAGUCUGACUCGCUAGUAGGCCUACUAGCUUGUGGAGGUGCCGGUGGUGAUGCUGAACUGGCGGGAUUAGCAUCGCCAUCAGGAACAGUUUGCCCCUCACUCCUCUCCUCCAGCACUGACAGUUCUCUGGCUUGUUCUGGGUUCGAUUCACCGUCUAUCUCUGGAUUUUUGGACUUGAAAAAUGUCAAACUCGACUGCCUUUUCUUAUAAAACAUUUAUUUGGCUUUCCCACGAUUCAAAUUCAGUAGGGAGAUGACUAGACUUUAGGCUACGUGACAUGAUUACGUAGGGACCUCUUCACUAGCUGACCACCACUAUCAAGACCUGUGUAAGAUCAGUUACUUACCCCACUGGCCCUCCCCAUAACCUCUACAGUGAGGGAAAAAAGUAUUUGAUCCCCUGCUGAUUUUGUACGUUUGCCCACUGACAAAGAAAUGAUCAGUCUAUAAUUUUAAUGGUAGGUUUAUUUGAACAGUGAGAGAGAGAAUAACAACAACAAAAUCCAAAAACGCAUGUCAAAAAUGUUAUAAAUUGAUUUGCAUUUUAAUGAGGGAAAUAAGUAUUUGACCCCCUCUCAAUCAGAAAGAUUUCUGGCUCCCAGAUGUCUUUUAUACAGGUAACGAGCUGAGAUUAGGAGCACACUCUUAAAGGGAGUGCUCCUAAUCUCAGCUUGUUACCUGUAUAAAAGACACCUGUCUACAGAAGCAAUCAAUCAGAUUCCAAACUCUCCACCAUGGCCAAGACCAAAGAGCUCUCCAAGGAUGUCAGGGACAAGAUUGUAGACCUACACAAGGCUGGAAUGGGCUACAAGACCAUCGCCAAGCAGCUUGGUGAGAAGGUGACAACAGUUGGUGUGAUUAUUCGCAAAUGGAAGAAACACAAAAGAACUGUCAAUCUCCCUUGGCCUGGGGCUCCAUGCAAGAUCUCACCUCGUAGAGUUGCAAUGAUCAUGAGAACGGUGAAGAAUCAGCCCAGAACUACACGGGAGGAUCUUGUCAAUGAUCUCAAGGCAGCUGGGACCAUAGUCACCAAUAAAACAAUUGGUAACACACUACGCCGUGAAGGACUGAAAUCCUGCAGCGCCCGCAAGGUCCCCCUGCUCAAGAAAGCACAUAUACAGGCCCGUCAGAAGUUUGCCAAUGAACAUCUGAAUGAUUCAGAGGAGAACUGGGUGAAAGUGUUGUGAACAGAUGAGACAAAAAUCGAGCUCUUUAGCUUCAACUCAACUCGCCGUGUUUGGAGGAGGAGGAAUGCUGUCUAUGACCCCAAGAACACCAUCCCCACCAUCAAACAUGGAGGUGGAAACAUUAUGCUUUGGGGGUGUUUUUCUGCUAAGGGGACAGGACAACUUCACUGCAUCAAAGGGACGAUGGACGGCGCCAUGUACCGUCAAAUCUUGGGUGAGAACCUUCUUCCCUCAGCCAGGGCAUUGAAAAUUGGUCAUGGAUGGGUAUUCCAGCAUGACAAUGACCCAAAACACACAGCCAAGGCAACAAAGGAGUGGCUCAAGAAGAAGCACAUUAAGGUCCUGGAGUGGCCUAGCCAGUCUCCAGACCUUAAUCCCAUAGAAAAUCUGUGGAGGGAGCUGAAGGUUCGAGUUGCCAAACGUCAGCCCCGAAAUCUUAAUGAGUUGGAGAAGAUCUGCAAAGAGGAGUGGGACAAAAUCCCUCCUGAGAUGUGUGCAAACCUGGUGGCCAACUACAAGAAACGUCUGACCUCUGUGAUUGCCAGCAAGGGUUUUGCCACCAAGUACUAAGUCAUGUUUUGCAGAGGGGUCAAAUACUUAUUUCCCUCAUUAAAAUGCAAAUCAAUUCAUAACAUUUUUGACAUGCGUUUUUCUGGAUUUUUUUGUUGUUAUUCUGUCUCUCACUGUUCAAAUAAACCUACAAUUAAAAUUAUAGACUGAUCAUGUCUUUGUCAGUGGGCAAACGUACAAAAUCAGCAGGGGAUCAAAUUCUUUUUUGUAUGUAUAAAUAAGAGAGCAGGUCUGGAAUCAGUGUGGCAGGAUAGGAUGAAUACAUAGAAGGAUCACCGCGCUUUUACAUAAUAGUCUUUCUGGGGGGCGGGAGAAAUAACGAGGGGGCAACUUGAUUUAAUGCUGAUUGCUUUUAUUAGAUUUUCUACAGUGCGAAUAGUGAAAUAAUUAAGAAAUCAUGCCGCGAGAGGUACCAGAUCUGGGCAAAUAGGUGCCGGAAAAAACAAAGUCAAAUCUGAGUGGUGCCGGAUCCUGUUCCGGCAGGAUCCUGCUCAAACACGCACUCGCACACACGAUGUGGAACUAGUCCGGGUAGCCAUUUGAUUAGCUGUUCAGGAGUCUUGGGGGUAGAAGCUGUUAAGAAGCCUUUUGGACCUAGACAUGGCGCUCCGGUGCAGCUUGCCGUUUUGUAGCAGGGAGAACAGUCUAUGACUAGGGUGGCUGGAGUCUUUGACAAUUUUUAGGGCCUUCCUCUGACACCGCCUGGUAUAGAGGUCCUGGAUGGCAGGAAGCUUGGCCCCAGUGAUGUACUGGGCCGUACGCACUACCCUCUGUAGUGCCUUGCGGUCGGAGGCCAAGCAGUUGCCAUACCAGGCGGUGAUGCAACCAGUCAGGAUGCUCUCGAUGGUGCAGCUGUAGAACAUUUUGAGGAUCUGAGGACCCAUGCCAAAUCUUGAGGGGGAAUAGGCUUUGUUGUGCCCUCUUCACGACUGUCUUGGUGUGUUUGGACCACGAUAGAUUUUUGGUGCUGAGGACACCAAGGAAGUUCUCAACCUGCUCCACUACAGCCCCGUCGAUGAGAAUGGGGGCGUGCUCGGUCCUCCUUUUCCUGUAGUCCACAAUCAUCUCCUUUGUCUUGAUCACGUUGAGGGAGAGUUUGUUAUCCUGGCACCACACGGCCAGGUCUCUGACCUCCUCCCUAUAGGCUGCCUCAUCGUUAUCGGUGAUCAUGCCUACCACUGUUGUGUCAUCGGCAAACUUAAUGAUGGUGUUGGAGUCGUGCCUGGCCAUGCAGUCAUGGCUGAACAGGGAGUACAGGAGGGGACUGAGCACGCACCCCUGAGGUGCCCCCGAGUUGAGGAUCAGCGUGGCAGAUGUGUUGUUACCUACCCUUACCACCUGGGGGCGGCCCGUCAGCAAGUCCGGGGUCCAGUUGCAGAGGGAGGUGUUUAGUCUCAGGGUACUUAGCUUAGUGAUGAGCUUUGAGGGCACUAUGGUGUUGAACACUGAGCUGUAGUCAAUGAAUAGCAUUCUCCAGGUGAGAAAGGGCAGUGUGGAGUGCAAUAGAGAUUGCAUCAUCUGUGGAUCUAUUGGGGCGGUAUGCAAAUUGGUGUGGGUCUAGGGUUUCUGGGAGCCAUGACCAGCCUUUCAAAGCACUUCAUGGCUACAGAUGUGAGUGCUGAGGGUCGGUAGUCAUUUAGGUAGGUUACCAUAGUGUUCUUGGGCACAGAGACUAUGGUGGUCUGCUUGAAACAUGUUGGUAUUACAGACUCAGUCAGGGACAGGUUGAAAAUGUCAGUGAAGACACUUGCCAGUUGGUCAGCGCAUUACAAGGCAGAAUUAAGCCCUGGCUGUAAUCCCCUGGGAAAUCAAACCAGAAGCUAAACAUUUGCAUUUUUAUUGCACCUUAAAAGAAUGGCAUGACUCCAUUAUCUCCCAGAUACAGAGAGAGAGGCUUCUUAGUUAUUAUUGCUGUGUCGUCCUGUGUUGGAAACAAUGAUGUUUAACCCAGGGAAGAAGCUAGCCAGCGCUUUGUGGAGGGUUGUGAUUACAAAAAGAACAAAACUGAAACGUCACAGGCGGAGGAAAGAAUGACUUGUUUGUUAUUCAAAUUCCCUCUCUUAUUCCUCCCAAAAUAAACAAACAAUAACACACGACAAUAGAGGAGUGGCGGAGCUGAAUAGGGACACAAAUAUGACAGCCAACAGGUUUGACUGUUGAGGCCUCAUUUACUCUCAGGAGUCAAUGUGAGUUAAUGCUACUAGAUAAUGAUAAGGUGUAUAUGAACAGUAUGUCCUGUCUCUCAUGGUUACCUCUCCCUCUCUCUCCCACUCUCACUCCGUCCCUCCAUCCUUCCCACCAGGUGAGCAGUACGUGUGGCCACCAGCUUCAACGGGUGUCUCGCUCAGUGGCGCCCCAUCCUGACCAGACCCCUGCUGCCACAGCAUCCCACAACCCACAGCAUUUACCCUACUAUCCUGAGGAGACCUUGGCUGGCCGCCGCAGGUAAUGUUGGGGAUGAAAUUAAGUCACUCAGACUGGGAGAACAGACAGGGGGUGUGUGACCGAGAGGAAAGAAGGAGGAGGAAUAUAGGAGGGUGAUAGAAGAGAGAAAGGGCGAGAGAGCAGAGAGAGAGGAGAAAGGAAAAGAGAAAGGAAAAGACGGGUUGUUCAUGUCAUGCUGCUAACUAACGAGGACAUCUUAAGGCCCGGUCCAGAAACAAGCCCUAGACCCAACUGUAACACUUCAGUGUUUGAGCUGAAGAAAGCAGACAGGUUCAUGUGGGCUAGCCUUCUAGAUGAGCUCCCACAUGGAAACAUACUAUGGUAUACUAUGGUAUAAAUACUAUAGUAAUUGCUGUAGUGUUUUUGCGGACUGUAGUAUACUGUAGUAUUUACUGUAGUGUUCUAUUAUCUUUGAGAUAGAAGUGGAUGCUUUCUCCUUGAGGAAACCUGCUGGACAAAAUCCUAAAAGAGCUAUUUUUCCAUAACCUGUAUUGUAGGUAGGUAGGUAGGACUGAUAUAGGGAACACAAUAUAUGGUCUAUACUUGGAAUGUAGAUUUCUCACUUAUGGGUGGCACAAAUUGGGAUAUGCAGGAAGGGAAUAGGCAGGGUAUAUAAAUGAAUACUAUAGUAUAUACUAUAUUAACUACUGUAGUAUUGUAGUGUUGUUGCAGUCUGUAGUAUACUUAAGCAAUAAGGCCCGAGGUGGUGUGGUAUAUGGCCAAUAUACCACGGCUAAGAGCUGUUCUUACGCAUGACGCAACGCAGAGUGCCUGGACACAGCCCUUAGCCGUGGUAUAUUGGCCAUAUAUCACAAACCCCCGAGGAGCCUUAUUGCUAUUAUAAACUGGUUACCAAUGUAAUUAGAGCAGUAAAACUAAAUGUUUUGUCAUACCUGUGGUAUACGGUCUGAUAUACCACGGCCUUCAGCCAAUCAGAAUUCAGGGCUCAAACCACCCAGUUUAUAAUGUAGUAUUUACUAUUAUACUAUUUAUUCUACAGUAUAUGACCAAAUUUGGUCCCACUUUAAAUGGCGUGCAGCUUAUAAAGGCUUCAACUAGAGAACAUUACCUGCCCCACCCGCCCUGAAUGAUGGGUCACCACUGGGAAUGACCAUCGAAUUCUAUAGGAUUGACAUUACUGAGUAAAGUAUUUGUCAUCAUCAUUAGUUAACACAGGACCAUAAUUAUGGCUAAACCCUGCCCAUUUCCACAAUUUAUCAUCUUAAAAUUGGAUUUUAAACCUAACCCUAACUAAUGAAGGCUAAGUUUGGUGCGUUGGUCCACCAGACCUUCCGCACAUUUGGGCGGAAGUGUCUGGGAAUGAGAUUAGGUGUAAUGUAACUAACAUGACUUCACUAUUCUAAUCCUUCGAUCCAACUUGUCACCCUUUAUAAAGGACAUGUUUAUAUCAUAUUCGACAUAGUGGGUUAUGUCACAUUUGACAUGGAUGAUUAUGUCACAGUGUUAUGCCACAUUUAUGAACCCUUUAUAAAGCAUGACAUACAGUUUUAGAUACUUUGUAACACAUUUAUGUGGUGUUUAUGAAGGUAUUAUGAAGGCUUUAUGAAUCCUUUAUAAGCUGAACGUCAUUUAAAGCAGGACCCAAAAUUCUAUAGUAAGUACUACACAUGAUCAAGGGAUACUACAGUAUCUAGUAUAGUAUACUACAGUUUACUACAGAAUUAUAUAGUAAGUACUGUAGUGUUCUAUAGUAAACUGUAAUAUUUUUCAUGUGGGUUUAGGGGAGCAUCUAGCUAUCAUUUUGUCACUACACUUUCCUUGAGAUCUGCAAACACUGAAUGGGUGAGUAGGAGCUGAGGGAAAGAUCUAGGGUCCAGAUUUUGCUCUCAACCAAAGCACUCAUAAGUGCAUUUAAAUAAGCACUCUAGUGGGCAACCAGGUCCUUGUGUAAAAAUGUAUUGAUUAAUAUGAGACAGAUUUGCUAUGUACCAUAGAUAGACCUCAUACACUUUUGCUCUUUCUACACUGCCAGGACAAGCCUGUGUUAAUUUAGGAUGUUGUUUGUGGUGUGUGUCCUAGUAAAGUCUCUGGCAGUAGUGCUUGCCAUAUUAAUGUCUGUGUGAUGUAAUGCCAGUGCUGUAGUAGUCAGUGUUGAAGUGCUGGACUGGAGCAGGUGAGUUGAGGAUGGCAGUGACUCUGACAGGCUGGUUAAAGUGUGUGUGUGUUUGCGCUUGUUUGUACGCUGUGUGUGCUCCUGCUAGUGUGUAUGUGUGCGCGUGUGUGCGUGCUUGUGCAUGCCUGCUUGCCUGUGUGUGCUACUAGCCUAAUCUACUAUGAAAGUGACAGUGAGCAUCCCUCUAGCCCAGUGCGUUUGAAACGCAUUCCAGUAACAGGUAUGAACAGAGUAGUGAUGCUCAGCAGGCCGUUGGCUUCAGCAGAGUGGCCAGAUUCAUGUCUAUUAGGAACAGAAACACUUGAAUCCAAAAUGGUACCCUACUCCCAUUAUAGUUAGUUCACGACCAGAGUAGUGCACUAUAAAGAAAAUAGGUUGCCAUUUGGGACACAGAUGAGGGACUGUGCUGUCCUAGCUUCAGGGGGAAGCUGCUUCCACUGUUGGUGUGCCAGCCAGGACAGAGAAGAGCUUUGACUGGGCUGAGCGGGAGCUGCCAGGGGGUGGGGUAUAGGGUUUGAGCAUAGGCUGAAGGUAGGGAGGGGCAGUUCUCCUUGCUGCUCUUCGACUGGAAGCCAGUGGAGUGUGCGGAGGAGCGGGGUGACAUGGUAGAACUUGGGAAUGUUGAACACCAGGCGGGCUGCUGCGUUCUGAGGCUGCGGUGCUCCUUCACUAUCCCCACCAUUAUACUAUUUUAUUUCCUCCGUUCUAUACCACUUCCUCUUCUCUCUCUCUCUCGAUCUCAAAUAAUGAUGCUUAAUUUGCAGUUUUAUCUAUGUUCCCCCCUCCCUCUCAUUAUUUUUUCUCUUUCUCUCCCCCUCUCCCCUCCUUUUUGCUGACCAAAAUAAGAUAAAAAUAAUACCAUUCAUUACCAUUAUUAAAGCUAUUUCCCUCUUUUCUCUUCUCUUCUCCUCUAUCCCUCAGGGAGUUUAUCUCCAGCCUGAGGGGCUUCAGCUCCUUCUACAGUGGUCUGGGAGAGGCUCUGUGUAGCCGCGAUCCUGCAGCGCCAGGCAACCACUCCCUCUGCUGGAACGGACUGGAAAUGAGAGACAGGUAAAUGACACACUGAUAGAUGUCUGUGGGUGUGUCCCAAAAGGCACCCUAUUCCCUAUAUAGGGCCCUGAUCAAAAGUAGUGCAAAAAAAGGGAAUGGGGUACCAUUUCUGACCAGGGGCCUGGUCAAACGUAAUGCUCAAUAUAGGGAAUAAGGUGCCAUUUGAGACGCAUCCUGUGUUCGCUGCAAUAGACUGGUUUGUAGCCUAUCUACAGUAGUAUGCGAUGUGAAAUACAGUUGUGUACCAACCUAA